CAGUUUUCCACAAAACAACCCAUCGACGAUCGUGAGAACGAUCUCUCUCUCUCUCUCUGGGCUCACCAGCGAUCGAUUCCUAAUACGUACUGAUUGAUAUUCAGAGUCUCGAUUCUCCACUAAUUCAAAACCCUCUUUUUCCCAAAAAAAAACAAAAAAGAAAAAAAACAAAACAAAAAACUCUUCAAUAUUCGAAACUUCAUCGGAGAAAUUGAGAAGAAAUUCGUAUGAUGUAUUUAUAUCUAUAAGUUAGAGAUUUCUGGUAAUGGGUUUGGAAGAUUCUGAUAUUCUCGACGAUUGCGAUGGCAAAGCCUCGUCCGUGUCGUGCUCGAUUUGCCUGGAGCCUGUCACCGAUAAUGGGGAUAGAUCCUGGGCAAAGCUUCAAUGCGGACAUCAAUUUCAUCUGGAUUGCAUUGGUUCUGCAUUCAAUAUAAAAGGAGAAAUGCAAUGCCCCAACUGUCGGAAAAUUGAGAAAGGCCAAUGGCUUUUUGCGAGUGCUUGCCGACCAUUUCCCGAAUUUAGCAUGGAUGACUGGGCCCAUGAUGAGGAUCUUUAUGAUCUAAGCUACUCUGAGAUGUCUUUCGGAGUUCACUGGUGUCCAUUCAGUGGAUUAACGAGACUUCCCUUAUCUGUCGAUGAAGGGGAAUUUUCAUCAACUGCAUAUCACGAUCUUAUUGGACAGCAUCCUAUCUUUGCCGAGCAUACAGCUGUAUCAUCUUCUACUCAUCCUUGCCCAUAUAUUGCUUACCUUGGACCAAUUCACCCCUCAUUGUCAAAUUCCGGUGGGAGUGUUUCAGAUGGUUCUAGCUUCAAUAAUCACUGGAAUGGGCCGUCAGUUCCUAGUGAGAUGCCCGCUUCUUAUCCUUUUCCGGCCGUGGAUGUCCGUUAUCACAGUUGGCAGCACCAUUCCUCUCCCUUCCCUACAUCAAGCAGCCAUGUUGGUGGUGCUGAUCAGUCUUUGAUUCCAUCUGUGACUCAGAGGGCAGCUAGACCGAAUUCUGAUAUACCAAGAUCAGGAUCUUUUAUGCAUCCAUUCCUUGUGGGCCACAGUUCUGCUGCUAGAGCUGGGAGCUCAAUAGCGUCUUCAAUGAUACCUCCUUACCCUGGCAGUGUGGCUCGGGCCCGUGAUCGCGUCCAGGCUCUCCAGGCAUACUUUCAGCAACCCACCAAUUCACCACCCGUACGCAUGCCCAUCAUGUCUGGCACGCGGAGAUCUAGCAGUCAUAGGGGCGUGACUCAAGUUGGACCAGUGGCCUCAUCAUCUGAUCAGACUGGUGGCUUCUACUUCUUCCCGCCAGCUUCGUCUGGUCGAAAUUUCCCAGAAGCAGAAAAUCAUCCAAUGUCAAAUCGCUUCCAUGCGUGGGAAAGAGAGCACGUGACUUCAUUCCCGUUGAGCCAAGGCGACAGAGAUCUGGGUUGGGGCCCAUUUCAUCAGGCGGGUGGUGGGUCAGAUACUGCCAUCAGAUCUACUAGCUUUCGCCAGAGGUAUGCAUCUGAGAGAAUGCCACCACAAAAUCGGUCAUAGAUGACUUAAUAUUCUGCUUUGGUGAAGAAAACAAUGAACACUAUGACUGAAAUCAAAAAGUUAUGUAUGUUUGAGAAAGGAUAUAUAAUGCUUGGCGUCAAUGACGAACUCAAUACUGUGGUGUGGCCCUGAAAAUAUCAAUUUUUGGUAGCCAUGCGCCUGUGUGCUGGACUGGCUUCCUCUUGUUUCUGUGCCCUGGGGAUGAUAUAUAUAUAUAUAUAAAUAACAUUGCAUUGCAUGUUCAAUGGCAGAAUUUCAAGGCUUAUUAUAGCAAUUGGGCUUUCCUUGUCUCAUACAAGUGACCUAGGUACCUUGAUGGAGUAGUGAAAUUCCCAGUGACCUGGUAAAAUGUUUUUGGGAUGGUCAUCUAGUGCUGUCCAAAACUUUAAUGGUUGAAUGAUUUUAUUUAAGUGGACAUUCAAAUAUC